GGAUUUCUCUCUCAUCUCUGUUAGCUUGGUUGUACUUCACUCCAAACCUUAUCUAUUUACACCUCACAGGUCACGGUUUCAAAUAAAUGUUUCUUUUAUGUUCCUUGUUGCAAAUUUAGCCAAAAAAUAUUCUGUUUUUGCCUUCUUAACCAUAUCUCUGGGUUUUCCGAGCCUUAAAAACAAGAACAAAACCCAAUCUUUUUUUUUCUUUUUUGGUUUUUGAUCUUCAUAUCAUGGGAAGUAAAUGGAGGAAAGCAAAGUUGGCUCUUGGCAUGAACAUGUGUUUAUAUGUACCUCAUCAAAAGCUUGAAGAUUCAUUACCAUCAUCAUCAUCAUCAUCAUCUGCGUCUUCAACAUCCAUUGCUAAUGUUGCUUCAAGGUUUUCUACAGAUGCCGUUCCUCUAUCUCCAGUUUCUCCUUCAGGCAACGAUUGCCGCCCUACAACUCCCACCCCUUCCUCUUCUGGUUUCCGGGUUUCUAAAUCCAGCCCAAAAUCUUCCAAGAGAACCUGUUCGAUAUGCUUGACAGCCAUGAAACCAGGCCAAGGUCAUGCAAUUUUCACUGCAGAAUGCUCCCAUUCUUUCCACUUCCACUGUAUAACUUCGAAUGUAAAACAUGGGAAUCAGAUUUGUCCGGUUUGCAGAGGAAAAUGGAAGGAAAUCCCCUUUCAGAGUCCUGCUUCAGAUCUUCCCAAUGGAAGGUCAAGAAUCAACCCAGCAGACUGGCCCCGGGAUGAUGCGUGGACGACUGUGGUACGGCGGCUACCUUCCCCUCGGUUGGAUCCAACUAGGCAGAUUUCUUCACUCUUUCAUACUUCUGAGCCAGGUACUUUUGAUGAUGACGAAGUACUAGAUCUGCAGCAUGAGACAACUGAAGAAAAUGUCUUUGCCAAUGAUGCUACUAAGAACAACUCUAUUGGAGCAAUAGAAGUUAAAACAUAUCCUGAAGUUUCUGCCAUUCCAAGAGCAACCUGUCAUAAUAAUUUUGCCAUAUUAAUCCAUCUGAAGGCUCCCCAUCCAAGUGGGGGAAGAAGUGAAACUAUGUUUUCCCCUACAACUCAAAAUUCUCGGGCACCAGUUGACCUUGUCACAGUUCUUGAUGUUAGUGGAAGCAUGGCUGGUACCAAGAUUGCGUUACUAAAACGAGCUAUGGGGUUUGUUAUACAGCAUCUUGGGCCCUCUGACCGGCUGUCUGUUAUUGCAUUCUCCUCCACAGCCCGUCGCCUCUUUCCUCUUCGCCGGAUGACUGAAACAGGCCGACAGGAAGCAUUGCAGGCUGUUAACUCUCUUACUUCAAAUGGUGGGACAAAUAUUGCUGAAGGGCUUAGGAAAGCUGCCAAGGUAAUAGGAGAUCGAAAGUGGAAGAACCCAGUUGGAAGCAUUAUUUUGUUAUCGGAUGGGCAGGAUACCUAUACUGUUACAAGUCCUAGCGGAGCUCAUUCCCGAACAGAUUACAGAUCACUUCUCCCUGAAGGUCCCUGUAUCCCUGUGCAUGCCUUUGGGUUUGGUGCUGAUCAUGAUGCUUCUUCAAUGCAUUCGAUUUCUGAUAUAUCUGGGGGUACAUUUUCUUUUAUUGAAGCUGAAGGUGUGAUCCAAGAUGCUUUUGCACAAUGCAUUGGAGGGCUUCUAAGUGUGGUAGUGCAGGAGGCGUGUCUUAAAUUCCAGUGCGCUCACCCAAAUUUGGUAAUUAAUUCGAUAAAGGCAGGGAGUUAUCGAACUAGCAUGGCAGCUGAUGCCAAAACAGGUUCUAUUGAUGCAGGAGACUUGUAUGCUGAAGAAGAAAGAGAUUUUUUGGUGACGGUCAAUGUUCCAGUUGACGAAUCCUGUGAUGAGAUGUCAUUGCUGGAAGUUCAAUGUAUUUACAGAGACCCCAUAUCAAAAGAAAUAGUGUCCUUGGACGAAGCCAAUGAAGUAAAGAUCCAGAGGCCCACAAUAAUUGGACAAACAGUAGUGUCAAUGGAAGUAGACAGGCAACGAAACAGGCUCCGCGCUGCUGAGGCUAUGGCUGAGGCUAGAUCUGCUGCUGAACAUGGUGAUCUAACUGCUGCUGUCUCACUACUAGAGAGUUGCCGCAGGGCUUUAUCCGAAACCAUUUCUGCACAAGCUGGUGACAGGUUAUGCAUUGCACUAUGUGCUGAACUAAAGGAGAUGCAAGAAAGGAUGGCAAACCGUCGAGUUUACGAGUCAUCUGGUAGGGCUUAUGUGUUGUCGGGUUUGAGCUCGCAUUCCUGGCAAAGAGCAACUGCACGUGGUGAUUCCACCAAUAGUACAAGCCUUGUUCAAGCAUAUCAGACCCCUACAAUGACAGACAUGGUGACGCGUUCUCAGACCAUGUUCUUUGGCAACCCUCCACAACGAAAGCUUCGACAAACUCAGUCAUUUCCAGCCCAUCCAGAGGCAAGGUAAAUCAUCAGCAAAAUGUUCAAAAACCAUCCCUCGACCCUACAUUCAAUAUCUUUUUGCUUUUGUGAACUUUUUUGUUUUUCAUUUUUAUGGCAUGGGGUAGUAAGGUAAAAAAGGGGAGUAAGAGAUAGUGGUGGGUAUAUGUUGUUGUUCUGAGAUGUAAAUUAAUAAAAACUGGAGGUAAUUGAAAUGUCUGAUCAAAGAGGAGAGAAAGGAGUUAGGUGUUUACAUAUGUUGAUAAUGGGGGCAUUGUUAAAGAAGGUAUAGGCAUGUAAUUGUGGAAAACUUGGGGUGAAUUCUUCACUUAAAUAUAUGAUAAUGGAAUGGUAUAAUCCUGCUUUUGAUUCUUUUUUCA